UAAUGAUCAGGUUUGGCACACAGACCUAUGGUGGAAGCGACCAGGGAGAUUACUUAGGGAAACCAAAUACAAAUAGUUUGCACACAACUGUUAAGAACUGGGACCAUGGAGUGACUGAGAUAACAUUCAAGUAGCAUAAAGGGAAGUGGGUGUUACUUUUUUGUCACAUGACUAGGGUCAAAUUUGUGGGUGUAACUUUCAUUUCACUUUACAUUUCUCACUAUAAAGCACAGCCCCCACUUGGUUGUUAGAGUGGAGUGUGCAACAUCUGCUACUUCUGGGUCUCACACGAGCUUUGCAUGUAGGAAAUAACAACAAAGAUGGGAAACAAACAGAGCACUCUGGCAAAGGGGGGCUAUGUAACAACGACAGAAACUGAAAAUUAUGUUGUUGCUACAAAGGGAGACGAUACAUUUUUCAUAAAAAAAAUAAUUCUGAUGACGAUACCCCCUGAUGAAGUUGUAACAUUUACCUCAGAAAUGGAAACUCUCAAGACAAUAUGCCAUCCCCACAUUGUGAGCAGCAAGAACUCUUUUGAAGAUACACAUGAAGACAUUUACUAUGUAGUGAUGGACUACUGUCAGGGAGGAAGCCUGGAUGAAAAGAUCAGAGAAAUGGAUGCAUUAGAGUCUAAGGUACUGAGCUGCUUCGUUGAGAUUUGUUUGGCUUUAAAAGCCAUUCAUGAUAAAGGUUUGAUUCACAAAGAUCUGAAGCCAGAGACUGUACACCUCACUGAAUUUGGAAUAGUGCGCUUGGGAAGAUUCGGAAAAAUCCAAGAAAAAUCCGCCCCUUCUGCAACGCCGAAGGAAAGAAUAAAUCAUUUUGCACCAGAAGUCUUCACGGAUGGAAACCAUACUGCUAAAAGUGACGUUUGGUCAUUGGGAUGCAUACUCUUUGAGCUUUGUACUCAACAACCAGCGUUCAGGGCAGAGACAACAGUCAAGCUCACACCUAAGAUAAUUGGAGGUCCUUGUCCAUGUCUCCCGAAGACGUUCUCAGCAGAGCUUCGUGAACUCCUGGUGGAAAUAUUAGACAAAGAUCCUCAAUCAAGACCUACAGUACAAGAGAUCUUGGCACACCCUUUUAUUUUAGACUGUCUUUUAACAAAGUGCAAAACAACAGUGGAGGACCUCCAGAAGAAGCUGAAAAAUCUGAGGGCUCUGGCUGAUGGUUUGGAGCGUGUACAUAAGGGCACCACAGUUGGCAGUCUGACAGGAGGAGUGAUUGGAGCAGUGGGAGGGAUCACGUCCAUAGUGGGUCUUAUACUGGCCCCAUUCACUUUGGGAGCCUCUCUUAUUGUCACUGGAGUUGGUGUGGGAGUGAGUGCAGUUGGUGGGGUCACUGCUGCUGCCUCAAAUAUCACCAAUAUGGUGAACCAGCAGUCGGACCGCAAAGCUAUUCGAAACAUGAUUAAAGAGUUUGAAGAGAAGAUUAAUGCAGUUGUCCUCUGGCUCCAGGAGAUUGGACAGAGCUUAGAAAUAAUAAGAAGCAGAUGUGAUUCGGUUGAAACACCUGACGAUGAUAGCACAUUCAGAACAGAAAACCUGAAGAGCCUUGGCUUCAGGGCAGGAAAGGGCCUAGGUGGCAUCGCUGAACUCGUCAGACUAGUUCAAGUGGCAAACAUCGGCAAGAUAGCUGCACAAGCAUCCAGGGUAGUACGUGUGGCAGAGGUAGCAACAGGUGUGCUUUCUGGUUUAUUUGUAGCAGUGGAUGUUUUCUUCAUUGCCAUGGAUGCUAAAGAGAUCCACCAUAUUAGAAAAGCACAGGCAGUAGAGUCACAAGAAGAGUCAGUGCCUGAAUCAGAAAUCUUGUCCACCUCUGACCAAAGUACACUGUUGUCAAGCUCACUGAUGCAAGAGUCUGACACUGCUAUAAAUGAACCUGGCGUUGACAAAGCAGGAGCACAGGACCAGAGCGAGAUCAAAUCUGAGAUCAUGAAAUUUGUUCGAUCAGUCAGGAAUGCAGCAGACAAUUUGGAGAAAGUCUUGAAUGAGCUCAAAACCAUAACCUCGUCGAUCACUUUAUUUGAGUAUGAAGGGGAGCAUGGAUGGGAAGACAUGGAGUUAAAGGAAAUAACAACAAAGAUGGGAAACGAACAGAGCACUCUGGCAAAGGAGGGCCAUAUAACCCCUGAUGAAGUUGUAACAUUUACCUCAGAAAUAGAAACUCUCAAGACAAUAUGCCAUCCCCACAUUGUGAGCAGCAAGAACUCUUUUAAAGCAUCAAAGUUCCACCCGUGGAAAGAUGUAGGACGAAGGGAGAUGAGGCCGGGGUGCAAACAAAAGGGGUAUUUAAUAAACGCAAAACUUCACAAAAGGUGCCGCAGACAUCAGGGAAUCACAAGGAUGGGAAAAAAACAGAGCGUGCUGGCUCAGAAAAAAUAUGAAACUACAAGAGACGAACAAAAAUAUAUUGUUGCCACAAAGGGAGAUGAUACAUUUUUUAUACUAAAGAUCCCUCUAGAUAGGAUAGGCCAAAAUGUUCUUACCACGUUAACUUCGGAAAUAAAUAUCCUUAACAAAAAAAGCCAUCCCCACAUUGUGAGCAGCAAGGAAUGUUUUACAGAUCAAAACGUUUACUAUGUAGUGAUGGACUACUGUCAGGGAGGGAACCUGGGGAAAAUCAGAGAAAGGACUACACUUCCACAAGAGUCUGAGGUACUGGGCUGCUUUAUUGAGAUAUGUUUGGCUUUGAAAGCCAUUCAUGAAAAAGGUUUGCUUCACAAAAAUCUGAAGACAGAGGGCAUACUCCUCACAGAAUUUGGAAUAGUGUGCUUGGGCGGAUUUGGAAAAAUCCAUGAAAACAUCAAUUCAGGCACAAGGGAAAAGAUAAAUUAUCUGGCACCAGAAGUUUUCACAGAGGGGACCUAUGACACAAAGAGUGACAUCUGGUCAUUGGGAUGCAUACUCUUCGAGCUCUGUACUCUAAAACCAGCGUUCACGGCAGAGACUACAGUCACGCUCAUGCCCAAGAUAAUUGGGGGUCCUUACCCAUCUCUCCCGGACCAUUUCUCAGCAGAGCUUCGUGAACUGUUGAAUGACAUACUAGACAAAGAACCUGAGUCAAGGCCAACGGUCAACGAGAUCCUGGCACGUCCCAUGAUCAUAAGCUGUCUCUCAGCAAAGUGCAAAGCAACAGUUAACGAACUCCAGGACAAGCUGACAAAUCUGAGGGCUCUGGCUGAUGGUUUGGAGCGUGUACAUAAGGGCGCCACGGUUGGCAGUCUGGCAGGAGGAGUGCUUGGAGCAGUGGGAGGGAUCACGUCCAUAGUGGGCCUCAUACUAACCCCAUUCACUUUGGGAGCCUCUCUUAUUGUCACUGGAGUUGGUGUGGGUGUGGGUGCACUUGGUGGGGUCACUGCUGCUGCCUCAAAUAUCACCAAUAUGGUGAACCAGCAGUCGGACCGCAAAGCUAUUCGAAACAUGAUUAAAGAGUUUGAAGAGAAGAUUAAUGCAGUUGUCCUCUGGCUCCAGGAGAUUGGAAACAGCUUAGAAACAAUCAGAAGCAGUUGUGACUCAGUUAACAUAGUCGACGAUGAUAGCACAUUCAAAACAGAAAACCUGAAGAGGCUUGGCUUCAGGGCAGGAAAGGGCAUAGGUGGCAUCGCUGAACUCGUCAGACUAGUUCAAGUGGCGAGAAUUGGCAAUGUAGCUGCACAAGCAUCCAGGGUACUACGUGUGGCAGAGGUAGCAACAGGUGUGUUUUCUGGUUUAUUUAUAGCAGUGGAUGUUUUCUUCAUUGCCAUGGAUGCUAAAGAGAUCCACCACAUUAGAAAAGCACAGGCAGCACAGGCAGCAGAGGUGCAACCAGAUGCACCAAGUCCAGAGUUACUCUUUGAAAGUGAAAUGAGUGACUUUGUGCCCACCUCUGACCAAAGUACGCUGGUGCCUGACUCACUGACGAGCGAGCCUGACGUGGCGGAAAAUGUGAAUGAGUCACAGGAUCAGUCUCCAGUCAGAUCUGAGAUCAUGAAAUUCGUUCGAUCAGUCAGGAACGCAGCAGACAAUUUGGAAAAAAUCUUGAAUGAGCUCAAAACCAUCACCUUGUUGAUCCCUUCACUUGGAUAUGAAUGGGAGCUAGAGUGGCAGGACUUGGAAUACAGAGAAAAAACAACAAAGAUGGGAAACGAACAGAGCACUCUGGCAAAGAAGGGCUAUGUAACAACAACAGAAACUGAAAAUUAUGUUGUUGCUACAAAGGGAGACGAUACAUUUUUCAUAAAGAAAGUAAUUCUGACGACGAUACCACCUCAUGAAGUUGUAACAUUUAUCUCAGAAAUAGAAACUCUCAAGACAAUAUGCCAUCCCCACAUUGUGAGCAGCAAGAACUCUUUUAAAGAUGCACAUGAAGACAUUUACUAUGUAGUGAUGGACUACUGUCAGGGAGGACGUCUGGAUAAAAAGAUCAGAGAAAUAGAUGCAUUAGAGUCUAAGGUGCUGAGCUACUUCGUUGAGAUUUGUUUGGCUUUAAAAGCCAUUCAUGAUAAAGGUUUGAUUCACAAAGAUCUGAAGACAGAGACUGUACUCCUCACUGAAUUUGGAAUAGUGCGCUUGGGAGGAUUUGGAAAAAUACAAGAAAAAUCUACCCUUUCUGCAACCCUGAAGGAAAGAAUAAAUCAUCUUGCACCAGAAGUCUUCACGGAUGGGACCUAUACUGCUAAAAGUGACGUUUGGUCAUUGGGAUGCAUACUCUUUGAGCUUUGUACUCAACAACCAGCGUUCAGGGCAGAGAGAACAGUCAAGCUCACACCUAAGAUAAUUGGAGGUCCUUGUCCAUGUCUCCCGGAGACGUUCUCAGCAGAGCUUCGUGAACUCCUGGUGGAAAUAUUAGACAAAGAUCCUCAAUCAAGACCAACAGUCCAAGAGAUCUUGGCACAUCCGAUUAUUUUAAACUGUCUCUUAACAAAGUGCAAAACAACAGUGGAGGACCUCCAGAUCAAGCUGAAAAAUCUGAGGGAUCUGGCUGAUGGUUUGGAGCGUGUACAUAAGGGCGCCACUGUUGGCAGUCUGACAGGAGGAGUGAUUGGAGCAGUGGGAGGGAUCACGUCCAUAGUGGGUCUUAUACUGGCCCCAUUCACUUUGGGAGCCUCUCUUAUUGUCACUGGAGUUGGUGUGGGAGUGGGUGCAGCUGGUGGGGUCACUGCUGCUGCCUCAAAUAUCACCAAUAUGGUGAACGAGUCUUCUGACCGCAAAGCUAUUCGAAACAUGAUUAAAGAGUUUGAACAGAAGAUUAAUGCAGUUGUCCUCUGGCUCCAGGAGAUUGGAAAGAGCUUAGAAACAAUCAGAAGCAGAUGUGACUCAGUUAAAACACCUGACGAUGAUAGCACAUUCAAAACAGAAAACCUGAUGAGUCUUGGCUUCAGGGCAGGAAAGGGCAUAGGUGGUGUCGCUGAACUGUUCAGACUAGUUCAAGUGGCAAACAUCGGCAAGAUAGCUGCACAAGCAUCCAGGGCAGUACGUGUGGCAGAGGUAGCAACAGGUGCGCUUUCUGGUUUAUUUAUAGCAGUGGAUGUUUUCUUCAUUGCCAUGGAUGCUAAAGAGAUCCACCACAUUAGAAAAGCACAGGCAGCACAGGCGCAAGCAGAGUCAGGGCCUGAAUCAGAAAUCUUGUCCACCUCUGACCAAAGUACACUGUUGUCAAGCUCAGUGAUGCAAGAGUCUGCCACUGCUAUAAAUGAACCUGGCGUUGACAAAGCAGGAGCACAGGACCAGAGUGAGAUCAAAUCUGAGAUCAUGAAAUUCGUUCGAUCAGUCAGGAAUGCAGCAGACAAUUUGGAGAAAGUCUUGAAUGAGCUCAAAAUCACCACCUCGUCAAUCCCUUCAUUUAAGUGUAAAAGGGAGCAUGGAUGGGAAGACAUGGAGUUAAAGUAAUCCAGAGGGUACUUGUAGUGGACUCAGGCCAGUGUGAUGCUCGAGGCACGAGUUUUGUCACAUGUGGCAUCAUGGCUCACAAUUAAAUAUGAUGUUUGUUGGUAAUAAGUGUUUGUUAGUAAGAGGACUUAAGUUUUCUAAUCAUCGCUGCCGCUUCUCUUGCUCAUUGGUUCAUUUCUGCUGCAAGGCUGUGUUGAAAAUUAUUGUAUUGUUAUUACUUUUAGUAACUUUUUAGUAACUGUAUAAUGAAGAUUUUGAGCUUUACGCUUGUUGGAUGGUCAGUAGUAACUGUGUUCAAGAUAUCAUUACUAUUAGCAUUACACACAUGUUAAAUAAGGCAUUGCUUUUUAAUUCCAUUAUUAAUUACUUUUCUCACAGCAGACAUUUAUCGUUAAGCUUUAAUAAAUACUCUUUACUUUCUUUAAUAUGAAUAAGGUAUAACCUUUCACAGUAAUAAUAAAAAAGACUGGUUUCCAAUAUGGUGAAGCAAUGUACAUUUGCAGUGAUAAUAUUAAAAAGUGGCCAACCUGGUAUGACUGUUGUGCAUUAGCUUGUGAUAAGAGCAUAGCAUGACAUUCUACUAUUAUAGCAUUACAAAGUACAAGUUUGAAAACUGUAUGUACAAAUAAAAGAUUGACUAUUAAAGCACAUUCUAUUAUUCA